UCGAUGACGAGAAGGACAGCGCUGGAAUAGGCCAACAUAGAAAGGACCGUAUACUGCAAAGGAAAAGCAGCAGACAUUUCAAAAAUCAAAAACUCUAAAUCCCCGGAAAAGGCAGAGAUAAGGACAAGAAAACAAAGCAAAAGCAUGUAAGAGAGAGAGAGAGAGAGAGAGAGAGAGAGAGAGAGAGAGAGAUCUGCUGUUGUUUUUGAGGAUUGUUGAUUGUGGAUACGGGUUUAUAUAUAUUUUCCCUUUUGUGGGUUUGGUGGGUAGGCAGAUGGAGGGUGGGAAGAGAGGGGAAGCAGGAACAUCAGCAGGUGGCUCUUGGGGUUGUGGUGGGGAUGAUGAGAGGAGGGAGAGACAGAGAGAUGUGAGUGAGAAGCCUGACCAGGUUUGCGAAGAGGAGGCUGCUGGAGACGACGACGACGACGAUGAUGCCGAUGAUGGUUUCGUUCCCGGUCCUCUGCUUCCUCUUAACCAGCAACUCGAGAAAGACAAGGAAGAUGAGAGUUUAAGGAGGUGGAAAGAAAAGCUUCUUGGUUCCAUUGAAAGCAACUUGAAUGGCCAAACAGAACCAGAAGUCAAAUUCCAGUCCGUAGGAAUUAUAUCAGAGGAUUUUGGGGAAAUUGUUUAUCCCUUGGAUGUCGGUGAAAACCAGAUUGGUCGAAUCAUGUUUACGUUGAGGGAGGGGUCUCACUAUCAGCUAAAGCUAAAAUUUACUGUUAUGCACAACAUUGUCUCUGGUCUUACCUACUCGAACACAGCAUGGAAGGGAGGACUCCGAGUUGAUCGAAGCAAAGGAAUGCUGGGUACUUUUGCUCCUCAUCGAGAACCGUAUGAAUACAUUUUAGUCGAUGACAUAACUCCGUCUGGUGUGCUUGCUCGAGGAAUUUACUCAGCAAAGCUUAAGGGGGCCAAACAAGAACAAAGUUGGGUGGAGGUAUUGAAAAGUUCUGAAGAUUCCAAGUGUGUGCAUGCAUGCGCAUCUUUGUUUAUUUGCACGUAUGUGUGGGCGUGUGUGCGCACAAUUUCUCUGUGCAUAUCUGACAGCUUAUUGCAUUAGUUUACGCCUCAAUCUACUGUAUAUGGUGAAAUAUGUGCUUAUAUUAGUUUUCCUUCUUGGUUGCUGACUAUGCAGUUUAAAGAUGAUGACAGAAGAUGUUAUAUGAAACUCAAAUAUUCCUUUGAAAUCAAAAAGAGGAUCUAGCCAUGUUUUGGUGGGGGUCUUUCCUACUCAUCCCUGUCGUUCUUAACUUCGUUUUUCUUGUAAACUGAAUGUAUGCUUGCAAAAUUGUUUGUUGAAACAUUACUUGUAGGUGAUUAAAAAAUAGAAUUGAAUUUGUUUAA